UCUAACCAUACAAAACUCCAAAAGAACAAAAAGAGAAAACAAAAAUGGCUUCAACUUCAACACUUCUCAUGAAAACAAUCUUCCUCGUACUCAUCUUUGUCUCUUUCGCAAUCUCUCCAGCAACUUCAACUGCCCCGGAAGAAUGUGGAAGCGAGUCAGCGAACCCGUGCGUCAACAAAGCUAAGGCUUUGCCUCUCAAAAUCAUAGCAAUCGUAACUAUCCUCAUUGCAAGCAUGAUUGGUGUUGGAGCUCCUCUCUUUAGCCGUAACGUUUCGUUCCUCCAACCAGACGGCAAUAUCUUCACUAUCAUUAAGUGUUUCGCCUCAGGGAUUAUCCUCGGAACCGGUUUUAUGCACGUUCUUCCUGAUUCUUUCGAAAUGUUGUCAUCUAUAUGUCUUGAAGAGAACCCGUGGCAUAAGUUUCCUUUCUCCGGAUUUCUCGCUAUGUUGUCGGGUUUAAUCACUCUAGCCAUCGACUCCAUGGCCACGAGCCUCUACACAAGCAAGAACGCCGUUGGGAUCGUUCCCCAUGGCCAUGGCCACGGUCCCGCAAAUGAUAUCACCCUACCAGUUAAAGAAGAUGAUACCGCAAAUGCACAACUCUUGCGAUACCGAGUCAUUGCCAUGGUGUUGGAACUUGGGAUCAUAGUUCACUCGGUGGUCAUAGGACUAUCUCUAGGAGCAACUAGUGACACUUGCACCAUAAAAGGACUCAUCGCAGCUCUUUGCUUCCAUCAAAUGUUUGAAGGCAUGGGUCUUGGCGGUUGCAUCCUCCAGGCUGAGUACACGAAUAUGAAAAAGUUUGUUAUGGCAUUCUUUUUCGCGGUGACAACACCAUUCGGAAUAGCGUUAGGGAUCGCUCUAUCAACAGUUUACCAAGAUAAUAGUCCAAAAGCUUUGAUCACUGUUGGACUUCUCAACGCAUGCUCCGCUGGAUUGCUCAUUUACAUGGCGCUUGUUGAUCUUUUAGCUGCUGAGUUCAUGGGACCUAAGCUUCAAGGUAGCAUCAAAAUGCAGUUCAAGUGUUUAGUUGCGGCUCUUCUCGGGUGCGGUGGAAUGUCUAUUAUCGCCAAAUGGGCUUAGAUAAUUGAAAUCAUGUGGAUGUCAUUGUCGAACCAAAAACCGUUUUAGGUUUAUGUCUCGAUUCUCUAUCGGUUUUUUUUUAUUUUUCCCCCCUUACAAAGACUUGUGUCAUUGCGUGGAUCUAUCACACUUUAAAGAACAUGUCUUUUGGUAGAUAUGUAAAUGUGAUAGGUCAUGCGUAUCAUAGUUUUCUUACCUUCCUUUUCUUUUGUCAAGGUGAUUAUAGUUCAUAUCGUGUAAUGUUUUCGUAUCACAUAUAUAAAAAUAAAUAACACUUUUUGUUGUUUUCAA